GGCCGUUCCAAAAGAUCGAAAAUUUUUUGGGGGCAGGAGCGGACGAGCCCAACCCCUUUUCUUGCUGCCUUCUAUCUCACCACCUUCGAUUUUCUUCCAAUCUAGGGUCCGCACUGCACGCUUUUCCUCCAGUUCAUGGUGCCAUCUAUGCGCCUGCAUGUCUGGAGGCCUCUUGGUGACUGCACUACAUUGGGGCUUGUGUGCAUAAUAAGCUGUCAGGCACCUAUGUAGGUCCAAGCAGCUUGUUGAUGCAGCCUGAGCAUGUAUGCAUUGUGAUGGCAAAUGUAUAGUUGCUCUAUCAUGAGGAGGUAUAGUCCAGCCUACUAUAGUCCUCCAAGGAGGGGAUAUACUGGAAGGGGAAGAAGCCCACCAAGAAGGGGAUAUAGUGGGUACAGUGGCCGCAAGGAGCAGAACAACAGGAGUCUUUUGGUCCGCAACAUUCCCCUAAAUUGCAGACCGGAAGACCUUCGUGCUGCAUUUGAAAGAUUUGGUCCAGUAAGGGAUGUUUACUUGCCAAAGGACUAUUAUACUGGGAUGCCCCGAGGAUUUGGAUUUGUGGAGUUUGUUGACCCUUAUGAUGCAUCAGAAGCCCAGUAUCACAUGAACCGACAAAUAUUUGGUGGUAGGGAGAUAACUGUAGUUCUUGCUGCAGAAUCGAGGAAAAGGCCUGAAGACAUGCGUAAUAGAGCUAGGCCUAGAGGGCUUUCUGGUCAUGAUAGUCGCCGUUCUUCUUAUUAUGGGCGCUCCCGCUCUCGUUCGGUGUCUCGUUCACGCUCUCCUCGCCACUCGUAUAGGGUUAGACAGCGGUCACGAUCAUACUCACCUGCCCCGAGAUACCGAGGUGACCACUCUGUUUCCCCAAGGAGAAGGCAGUCAGGUCAUACAAGAUCCCCAAGGGAGAAUCCACCACAAUGUGAUGAGGAUCGAAAUCGGAGAUUGCACUCUCCAAGUCAGAAUGAUGCUCAUCAUAAUCAAGCUGACAACAGGUGUGACGAAAGGGAUUCAUUUGAUGCUGAGGAGGGAUCACGUUCCCGUUGGAGAUCACCAAGACAAACCUCAGGUUCACCUCCUGGAUCACGUUCGAGGUCUGCUGAUUCAUCCCCUAGGCGCAACAGUUGAUGAGGAGUUACUGGAACUCUGGGCAAUUCUUGGGUUGCUGUUUCUCAUUUUACCUUUUUGGAUGUCAUGAUAUACGUUUCUAGGACUGUUUGUUAGGGUUUUAUUUUCAUGGACAAAUGCUUCUGUGGCUGUAACUUAUAAGCAGGAUGUUAUGGAAGAUAUGCUUUCAUGUCUCU